GACCCUGACCCUUCCGCUCUUCUUAUAUCAAGCUUCUCGCUCCGCUGCUCUGCGGUUGGGAUUUUUCCUUUCUAUAAUCCACUUCGUUAGAAUUAGUACCAAUUCAACCAUAUCAUCAUGUCUCUAGGACGCACCUUCAAACUCAACUCCGGAUACGAAAUCCCCGCCGUUGGCCUGGGAACCUGGCUCUCAAAACCUCAUGAAGUAGAAGAUGCGGUCGAGACUGCUCUUCGUCUAGGAUACCGCCAUCUGGACGGGGCGGCGGUCUAUCGAAACGAGGUGGAAGUGGGAAACGGCUGGAAAAAGUCCGGGGUGCCCCGUGACCAGAUCUUUAUCACCAGCAAGCUAUGGAACACACACCACCAUCCCGACCACGUCGAAGAGGCUCUCGACAAGACUCUCCAGGAGCUGCAGACAGACUAUCUGGAUCUUUACCUGAUCCAUUGGCCUAUCGCUUUCGAGCACGCAAAUGACACCUUCACGCCCAUCGACCCUGUUACGCAGCGGUUCCGAUUAGCAGAUAUCCCAAUCGCUGACACCUGGGCGGUUCUCGAGAAGCUCGUCAGGGCAGGAAAGAUCCGCAGCAUUGGUAUCAGCAACUUUACCAUCGAGAAGACCCAGGAGCUCCUGAAGACCGCCGAGAUUCCCCCGGCUGCCAACCAAUACGAGGCUCACCCAUACCUGCAGCAGCCUGGUCUGCUAGAGUUUCUCAAGGAGAAGAACAUUCUCCCUGUCGCAUAUAGCCCGCUGGGCAACAACCUCGCCAAUCGCCCUCGUGUUAUCGAUGAUUCGACUGUCCAGGAAAUCGCUACCAAAUUGGGCAAAGACCCUGCUGCUUUGCUGAUCUCGUGGGCCGUCCAGCGUGGCACUGCUGUCUUGCCCAAGAGUGUUACUGCCUCUCGUAUCGAGAGCAACUUCCAAGACUUUGUCAUUCCCGACGCGGAAUUCGAAGCCCUGAACAAACUGGAACGUAAUGAGCGUUACAGCUACCCUUUCCGCUGGGGAAUUGAUGUCUUUGGAGAACUUGGCGCUGAGGAAGCUGAGCGACGAGCGGAGGAAUAUGCAGUUAGUCAAAGAGCAAGCGCAUAGAAAUAGGUUGGGCCGUGUUUAGCUGUGAGUUGUCUUGGUAGCAAUGAUCGGUCAUGGUUGGAGAAAUAUAUAUCCCGUGGCUUUAUUAUACUAGAGCUCGGUUUAGCUACUCUUCGCUAGAAACCUUCAAAAUUAGAAAUGAG